CUCCACUUUGUGGUUGCUUCAGCCUCACACAGAGAGAGUGAGGAGAACGAAGUAGCGACCCGGCGGCUACACUUAGUCAGAGUUGAGCAACUUGGUGGGGACCACACAGAGACCGUUUGGACCUUCUCCAACCGAACCAUGACACCCUGCACUGUCUCUCACCAUUUACUAUCAAUGCGUGUGAAGAGCUGAGGGCGGAAGUGAGAGAAGGGGAAGUUGUGAGGGCUGAGAUAAGGAAUUAAACUAAUUUUCUUGUUUUCUUAAGCCAAGUUCUGGUCCGGUCUCGCCUUUGUGGAGGACAAGGGAAUCUGGCGGACUUUAAGUGGGCAUGGACACCCACGUUAAAGAAGGACAACUGUAUGUGCAGCAUCAGAAGUUUGGAAAGAAAUGGAAGAAGAACUGGUUCGUCCUAUACCCUGCCAGCCAAAAUGGCAUCGCCCGUCUGGAGUUCUUCGACGUACCCUCGGGUUCUGGGGGCAUGGGCAGCGGAGGCUCAAGCAGCAGCGCCAAUGAUAAAACACGAAAGCUGGACAAGAAGAUCAUCCGCUUGUCCGAGUGCAUCUCUAUCCUGCCGGCGCUGACGGAGAACUGUCCCAAAGAAAACAUGGCAGCCUUCUGCGUGGAAACCAACGAUAAAACCUACGUGUUUGCUGCGGAGAAGAGCAUCGCCAAAGACUGGAUGAACACCAUGUGUGACAUCGCAUUUCAGGGAGGAAGCGGGGGCAGUGGUACGAUUGCAGAUUCCAAUGGAGGACCACAUGACAUACAGAUGUCUGAAAACCUCAUUUACUGCUCCAGAGAGCAAGUGAACGAGUUCUGGGUGACCAUCCAGCGCACAGAGGCGUCAGAUCGCUGCGGGCUGGCCGGAAACUACUGGCUGAAAGCCGAAAGCGACACCUUGAUCUUGAAGGAGCCGAAAACCAAGAGGAACAUGUUGGUGUGGCCUUACAAGCUGCUGCGCAGAUACGGCAGAGAUCGGGUGAUGUUUUCAUUCGAGGCAGGUCGUCGCUGUGACUCAGGCCCCGGUAACUUCACCUUUGAGACCAAGCAAGGCAACGAAAUAUUCAUGCUGGUCGACCAGGCCAUUCAGUCGCAGAAGGCUCAAACUCAGGAUCAACACCUCAGCUGCUCCAGCUUGGACCCAGACUGCCCUUCAUCACUGCAGCAAAUUCGCAACGCCGUGCUCAUGGGGGGAAGUGGCGACAGCAGCGGCAACAGCCGGGAGGCGGACGGCGAUUCAGGAGGCAGCAAACCGGGUUCUGGUGAUGGUGUGCUGGGAAAGAGAGAGUCGGGGGAAGGAGGAGGAGGAGGUGUAGGAAGAGGACAAGGACAAGGAGGACUCAAAUGCAGGAGUUUACCAGAACCACCCGGCAUGUUAGGGGUUAUGGGAGAAGGUUUGACUCCGCCUCGGUCGCCCAGAGGGCAGACAGCAGCAAAAGGUGUUUCCUCAGCUGAACAGGCACAUCUUUAUUCAGAGCCAGCUGACGCAGUCCGCCUGCCUCUGUACAAUCUGGACUGUAUCUACUCUGACCCCGUGGACAGUUUCAAGAUACAGAAUCAGACCAGUGUCCCAGCCAACGCUCCAGUGCCCGUGCCUCGGCUGAGGACGCCAGGAGACGAGGCAGCAGCGGGCGGUGGCCAAGGGGAACAGUUCCACGGAGGCGUCAAUCGGAAGCCGCCCGACCUUUUUUCACAUGUGUACGAUCAGAUCACCUUGGAGCUGAUGCACAAAACCAAUGUUCUAAGUUUGAACGGGGGCACAGGGGGAGGAAAGGGGGAAGGAAGGAAGGUUAAAAAUAAAAAAAACCCACCAGGAGGCCAAGCAGAGGGCGCCACACUAUCUCCACUUCCUUGUCAAGAGCACAUAUACGAUGAACCAGAGGGCUGUGCAAGUCUGCCUGCUGGCCUAGGGAUGAGUAUUUACAGCGAGGCCCGUUUGGAGCCGCACAGCCAGAUGAGACUGGAAGAGGUGGGGCCCUCGUCAGGUUCACAGGGACAUUACACCACACCGUCCCAAGGGAAGAGCGCAGACUCUCAGAUGCCACAACACCUGGGCCCAAACAGGAGCAACCUGCAAACACUGGUCUCCAAGUACUCCAAACCAGUCCUAGCUCCCAAACCAGGUCGGAAGGAGCCCAUGCCACUGCCUCCUGGAAAACAAGGAGGCAAUGUCAACAACAACAAUAACAACAAGUGGGUAGAAGGAGGAAGUGGGGUGAAGGAGCUGUACAGCAGAGUGAUUAAACAGAAGCCUUUACCUGCUGACUCAUGGUAUGGUCAUCACCGCAAGGUGCCGCUGAGAUCGCCUGAAAUCAUCUAUGACAAUCUGGGAGAUGUUUAAGACUCUUAAAGAAAACGAUACUUCCAUUUAAAAAAGAAAAAAAAGGACGCCAAAGUAGUAAUGGCAGAUGAAAAAAAAAGCUGAAUACCCUGAUUCUUGCAGACUGGACUGGAAUGAUUCACAGUUGUGAGAAAAGCAGAUUGCAGCUGUGUUCUAUCCUGUUGUAGGGCCUCCCUCUGUGUGUGUGGGUUUACGUGUGUAAAAGAGAGUGUUUGCAUGGUUUACAGUUAGCGGACGCCUCGUCCAAAGAGACGUACAGCGGAGGAUUAACGUUGUCAAGCACGUGGUUCCUCUGGGAAUCAAACCCGGGACUCUCUGCUUUCGAGGCAGGCGUGCUAACCGCUACACUUUGGGGCCAUCCUGUAACCCAUAAUUGGUGUACAAAGCCACAAUGUGGUUGGAGGCUAGUGCUUCUUCUACCAACACACACACACACACACACAGGGUUACAGGCUUCAUUUGGUUUUUCCUUGAAAAAAAAUCUAGGCCGUUCCUUUUGAAGUGACUUUUUUCUCCUUCUCUCUUUCUGUGGAUUGUAACAAUGGGACAAUGAGGAGUCAAGGCUUCACCCAAAACUCUCACACA